AUGAAUGGGGAUGCUGUUAGGCAGAUUUCCAUCAGAUUCGUAAGUGAGAAUGGAGACGAACUCGGUGGAGCUGGAAUCGUCUUGCCGACGUCCGUGACGUGCAAUCAGUUACAGCUCUUGUGUAAUCAGUUGUUAGGAAGCAGCGACGAUCCAGUGCCCAUCUCUUUCUUCACUGAACAUGGAGUUGAAAUUGUUGAGAGCAUUGAGAAGAGCAUUGACAAGAUCGACCUUGAGAAGACAUUGUGCCUUAUUUACCAGCCACAAGCUGUGUUUCGAGUUCAGCCGGUCACGAGAUGCUCUUCAAGUAUGCCAGGUCAUGGCGAACCUGUGAUUUCAGCUCAGUUUAGUCCGGAUGGAAAAAGUCUUGCCAGUGGCUCUGGCGAUAUGACUGUCCGUAUAUGGGAUAUAGAUACCGAAUUGCCUCAGUAUACGUGUGAAGGACACAUGAAUUGGGUUUUAUGUAUCGCAUGGUCUUUUGAUGCUAGGAAAAUCGCUUCCUCUUGUAAAAAUGGCCAGAUUAUGAUUUGGGACGCCAGUACUGGUUCGAAAAUCGGCAAAACAUUAUCAGGACACAAGCAGUGGAUCACGCAUUUAGCAUGGGAACCAAUGCAUAAGGAUCCGAAUUGCCGGUAUCUCGCCAGUGCUGGUAAGGACGCUAACAUUCGUAUUUGGGACACGAUCCAAGGACUUGUAGUACGAUCACUAAACGGUCACACAGCUUGUGUAACGAGUUUACGAUGGGGAGGCGAAGGUCUCAUUUACUCUGGUUCUCAGGACCGUACGGUAAAAGUGUGGCGUGCAAGGGAUGGAAUAAUCUGUCGGAACCUUGUUGGCCAUGCGCACUGGAUCAAUACACUUGCUUUGAACACGGAUUAUGUAUUGCGAACGAGUUGUUUUGAUCCAAAAAGCGGAUGUGAUAGACCUGCCAAGGAGAAGUGUCAAAAAAUUGCACAACGGAGAUAUGAUGAUGUGCUGAAGGUCUGUGGUGGUGAGCGAUUAGUAAGUGGAUCAGAUGACUUCACAAUGUUCUUAUGGAAUCCAUCAAUGUCAAAAAGUGCGAUAGCCAGGUUAACUGGUCACCAGCAACUUGUGAAUCAAGUCAGUUAUGUUCUCACCAGAUACACGGAAAUUUAUUGCUUCGUUAAGGUUUCCGAUAGUCGGUUGUUAGUUUCCGGCUCGGCGGAUUCUACUCUGAAGGUUUAUUUCUUACGACUUCAUUUUGAUUUGCCUGGCCAUGGGGAUGAAGUAUACACGGUUGACUGGAGUCCUGAAGGCACAAAAGUUGUUAGUGGUGGGAAAGAUAAAGUACUCAAGCUGUGGCGUCACUAA